UUGGGGGGGGCUUCACAUUCCUGAGAGUGAGCAGAGCAUUAGGGGGAGUGAGCUGCAUUCCUAUAGAUAAGGAUGGGGAGGGGGGCAGGGAGUUGUUCCAGGAGUUGCAUGAGACAGUGUUGCAGUUGGCAGUUGAUCAGUACAGGCAGUUGCACCACCAGAGAUUGAUGUCCCACUCAGACGUGAGCCUGGCAGUAGUGGGAGGUGAUGAUGCACUCGCCCUGCCCCCUCCUUAUACCCCGGGGCCCCCCGUGCCCAGGGAACCCCUGGAUUGUUGGGCUUGUGCCGUUCUCAUCACCGCCCAUAACCUGCUGGUGGGAUGCGCCAACCUACUGAUAUUUGUGCUGCUGUGCGGAGGAGCCCUCCUGCCUGCUGCUGCCAUGCUGCUCUACGGCUUGUUGUGCCACCCCCGGUUCCGCCGCCCCACGGAGCCGCUUUGCUCUCCCCUCCUGACCCCCGCCGCCUGCACUGCGCUUCUGGUCUUUGGAGUCAUCUUGUUGCUUCCGCUGCUGAUUCUUGGCCUCGCUGCUUACGCUCGUCUGGCCCGGAGCCUGCAGUUGGUCUCUUGCUUCCUGCCCUACAGUCGCGCUGUCUACCAGCGCCAACAAGAGGCCAAAGGCCGACCUCAGGAGAGCAAAGCCUGGGUGUAAGGCCCAGUGCAAGCAAGUGACUGUGGAUGACAUCAUUCUGCUUAUGACAUCACUGCUUUAACUCCCGUCAUACACAGCCCUCUCUUGGGUCUCUUGAGGAACAGGGACAGUCCUGGAUGUCUGUGAUAUCAUGGCGCUUUCCAUGACAUCACACAAAAACCCUGCAGGCCACUUCCAUUUUAAAGGGGAAGUUGAACUGUUUGCAUGGCCUGGAUGAAUCUCAUCUUUCUGUUCUUCAGUUGAAUGUAACCGACAGGGUCACUGACCCCCAGCAUCCAAGAAUAUACUCACCCCUCCGUGUAAUAACGAAUGUCAUGUGUUUAUUGUAAGCCAAAUGAUUUUUUUAUUGGGCGGAAUUUGAAUAUAAAAUACAGUUUAUUUCCCUUUUCACUGUUUAACAUCCGAAUAUUUGUUGCGGGGAGUCACAUGGCCGGAGCUGUAAUUGUCAUGUAUGGGGGAGGGGUCAUGGUCAUUAGUGGGGCCCCUGUAUCGCCUCUGCUGGAAAGAACAAGGUCCUGCCCCUUUAGCAAUGGAUUUAAUACAAUAAUUACCAA